UCUCGCUUCCCCCCAGUCCCUCCCCGACUCGGUUCCAGUGUAAAGUUUCACCGAGGCACAUGACUGGCUUUAAUGGCUGCUGAGCGCUGGGGCGCGCGCGCUGGUCAGCGCAACGUUGCGUUCCCUCCUCCCUUCCUCCCCUCCGUCCCAGUCGGGUUAGGCGGCCGUUCUGUGUGACUUUGCAAGGCUGGGACCCCAGAGCGCGUGCCUCUAUCUUCGUGAGAGCAGGACUGGCUUUUCUCGGGUUGGCGAGAGUUUGUGCAUGCCCUAGAAACUAAGAGGAAAGAGGAGGAGAGGGACCUGCUUCCCAGCUCUGUCAUCACCUUGUGCAGAGGAUCUUGCAGCUUCUCCUACAUGCUUUCUUUAGAAGAUCUAUUCCCAAAGACACCUGAAAUAUCUUUGAAAUCUUGAGGAUCCACUCUGCUUGCCUGGGGAAUUUUCCAGUGGACUGAACAUCUUUCUUCUGCACAACUUCGGCCUGACCCCCAAGGGAAGGGGCAGUUACACUGAUUUUGCAUCAAGUCUUGAUGGUUCUGGACUGCUCCUCUGUAUCAAGUGCUCUGCAUUCAGCCCCUAUGUGAAUCUUUUUGUCAAGGAUCAGGCCCGUGGAGUUGCCAGCUAUGGCGAGCAACAGUAGCUCCUGUUCUACACCAGGGAGUGGGCAUCUCAGCAGCUAUUCGGUUCCUCACUAUUUCUUCUUUCCCCACAUGAUUGGAGGCCUCUCACCUCCAGGAGCCCUGCCUGGAAUGCAACACCAGCUGCCGGUCAGUGGGUACAGUACACCUUCGCCAGCUACCAUUGAAACACAAAGUACCAGCUCAGAAGAGAUUGUACCCAGCCCUCCUUCACCACCCCCACUGCCCCGAAUCUACAAACCCUGCUUUGUGUGCCAGGAUAAGUCAUCCGGCUACCACUAUGGUGUUAGCGCCUGUGAAGGAUGCAAGGGCUUUUUCCGCCGUAGUAUCCAGAAAAACAUGGUGUAUACCUGCCACCGGGACAAGAACUGUAUCAUCAACAAAGUGACCCGGAACCGCUGUCAGUACUGCCGCUUACAGAAGUGCUUUGAAGUUGGCAUGUCCAAAGAAUCUGUCCGGAACGAUAGGAACAAGAAGAAGAAAGAGGCUCCAAAGCAGGAAUGUUCGGAGAGCUACAUCAUAACACCUGAGGUGGAGGAUCUCAUUGAGAAAGUGCGCAAGGCUCACCAGGAGACCUUUCCUGCCCUCUGCCAGUUGGGCAAGUACACCACAAACAAUAGUUCAGAUCAGCGGGUAUCUCUCGACAUCGAUCUGUGGGACAAAUUCAGUGAAUUGUCCACAAAGUGCAUCAUCAAGACGGUUGAAUUUGCCAAGCAGUUGCCAGGCUUUACCACGCUCACAAUUGCUGACCAGAUCACACUCCUCAAAGCUGCCUGCCUCGACAUCUUGAUCCUGCGGAUAUGCACACGCUACACCCCAGAGCAGGACACCAUGACCUUUUCUGAUGGCCUGACACUCAACCGCACUCAGAUGCAUAAUGCAGGCUUUGGACCCCUCACAGACCUGGUCUUUGCCUUUGCCAACCAGCUGCUGCCACUUGAGAUGGAUGAUGCUGAAACAGGACUCCUCAGCGCCAUCUGCCUCAUAUGCGGAGACCGACAAGAUCUGGAACAGCCGGAUCGAGUGGAUAAAUUGCAAGAACCACUGUUGGAAGCACUGAAAAUCUAUGUGAGGAAGAGGAGGCCUAGCAAACCCCAUAUGUUCCCCAAAAUGCUGAUGAAGAUUACAGACCUGCGGAGCAUCAGUGCAAAAGGUGCUGAAAGAGUGAUAACUUUGAAAAUGGAGAUUCCUGGGUCAAUGCCACCCCUCAUCCAGGAAAUGCUGGAGAACUCUGAAGGCAUGGACUCCUUGGGGGGCUCAACAGGAGCUCCUUCCCGCAUCAGUAGCCUAGCCCCGCCUCCAGGCAGCUGCAGCCCCAGCCUCUCACCCAGCUCCAACAGAAGCAGUCCAGCCACACAUUCCCCGUGACCAUGCCGGACCUUGGACAAGCUGCUUGGCCUCCCCCUCUGCACACGUCGGUCUUUAGCUUCCUGGGUCUGCCUGGACAAUCGUCUCAGGAGGAGCAGGGGCAAGGUGAAGGCAGAGCAGCGGGACAGACUGUCGCUGCAGCCAUUCUUCUCCCUCGCUGUGCCACAUCGGUCCUGCUCAGACCCAAGAGGGGAGCCUUCUCAUGCUCUCCUGUGGUACCAGCACACUGUUUCUCACUCAGCUGUUCAAACCAAACAGGGUUCCGCUUGUGACGAAGGCCCAUUUUCUCACGGGGGAGGCACAGACCUUCUGAACUCUCUGCAGGCAGAUCAGCAAGUAGAUCUGAAGGACGGCUGCUCAGAACUAGGAGCAAGACUUUUUUUUUCCAAAAGAAACCAAUCAGUUACAGGAAAAAAAAAACCCUUCUCUGUGGCACGCACCCCCACUCUCUUCUUCAGUCUUGUCAUGCACACAUACAUGCCUCCACAAAGGUGUUGCUUGCUUCUUGUUGCAGUGAAAAUGAAGUAGUGGGGUUUUUUUUUCCAGUUGAGUUUGCAUUUCAGAUAUUUGGGGAAAGGGUAUAAUGUUUUUUUUAAUGGCUCAAACCCUUCUCUUCAUCCUCAAUUUGACCAUGCAAUCUUACCUUUGUCUCCUUCCUUGCCUCCCCCUACUUCUUGUCCACUCACAUAAGCCUAAAAAUGUCACCAGCAAUUUUUUUAAAAAAGAAACAUUAGUUCUUCAGUUUCUUUUUUUAAAGUACAGAUAGAGCACGGAGGGAAGGAUUCAUUUAAGAAAGAAUAACUAUUAUAUAUACACAAAUAUCUAUAAAUACCUAUAAAUACAUUUUAAAAGAAAACGUUGUCCAAGUUUGGAAUUUGAAGGGUUUCUAAAAAGAGGGUGGCAAGGAAAAGGCCAGAAAAACCAAACCAUGGAGAUUCUUGUAUGGGGUUGGUCACAAUUCUCUUUAUAAAUUUAAAACUAUUAUCUAGCCAGAGUUAAGUGCUUGAAUUUUGUUGGCACUCUUCUACAAACACUGUGCCAAGAAUGAUUGAGAAUCCUGGCUUACUGGUAAGAAUUCAUGAGCUGAUGCACCAUUGCUGAUGAAUUCUGCUCAGCUUAAGUAGCAAGAAAUGCACAGUGGCAAAGAAGUUUAGUGUUGCAUCCAAAACUAAAUUAUUGGCUUGUCUCUUAUUUAACAAUACAGGGUCUGCAGAACUAGGCAUAUUAAAAAACCCUCAAGCCACUGUUUUAGUUUGUGGUUACGUUUUCAGGAAGAGCUAACUGAAAGCAAUCAGACAACAUUCCUUGCUAUUGAUAAGCCAGAAUUCCCUGGAAUGUUUCAAUGUUUUCCGCAACUGUGGCUACUGUGAGUUAAAGGUACUUAAUUUUGGCUAGACAGGUACUUAUUGGCUGCUUUUAUUUGCAACAAACCUUGUUCUGAUCACAUGGAUACAUGGAUCACCAUUCUCUUUUUUAUUUCUAUUUUUGGCAGAUGAAAAAUUGAGAAAUGAGGGGGUUCUGAGCAUUGUGAUAAAAGUAUUGUUUUGAGCAAAAUGCUUCCAGUUUUCUAAAGGUGUGUGUCAGUGUGUGUGUGUCAAAAACACCUACAUUGUUACAUGUUUUUACUAACAAAAAGCCAGUUGCCCCCUCCCGCUCAGCAACUCUUGAUUCCUAUUUUAAAAUACUUUUGAAAGGGCAACCCUUAAUUUUGUAAGGCACAGAAUUUUAUCAGGGGAAAUGUCUUCCUUUUUUUCUUGACUCCCACUGGCCUUUGUCCACUUUACUGCUUUCUGGGUUGAAUAAUUUGUACCCUCUUUUGGCGGAGAAAAAUUAAGGGCUGAGCUGUAAAGAGUUAAUGUUGGAAGCCUUGCGGCAGGCCAAGGGUCUCUUUUCUUUAACCACUCCCACAAUCUGCAGUGUCCUAUCGUCAAACAACUUGUUGUGUCAUGUGGACCAAGGGCUUGGGGAAGGGUUGCUUUUCAAAGAGAACAAGGCAGGUAUACAAUCACUGUAGUCCCUGAACACAGUAGGACUUGCUUCUGAGUGGCAUGGAUAACAUGACAUCACUAGGCUUCAUCCCUUCAUUUCCACUCACUGGAAAUAAGGAUUGUUCUCCAACAGUAUAAUCCUACUUGCAUUUAUGCAGAAGUAAGUCAAUCAGGCUUAGCCCCAAGACAGUGGAAAUAGGAAUGAGGGCCUUCAAAAUCCUGACCCAUAAGGUUCUAAACAACCGCCAUGAGUUGAUUCCUGAUUUAUCUAUAGAGUACACACCAUGCUUUAAAGAUGUGGCCAGCUCCAGGACUCUGUAGGGUGGGGUGAGGGGAUUUUCCAACACGAUUUAUUCUUGGUUUUAUCUUUGUGUUGAGAUUUUAGUGUCUUGGAAUCUGCGACAUGACAUUUAAACAAAAUUGUGGAGGGUGGGGGUAGCAACAAGAUUUUUGUUUUCAUGGAAGCACCUCCUUCAGGUUGAAGGACAUGUGCUCCGCACUUCUCAGAUAUGUAUAUAAAGCUGUUGUUAUUUCAUAUAAAAAGAUCCUGGUGAGUUUAAA